UAGAUUUAAGACCAGAAUGUGAAAAUGAUCAGUGAGCUCGUCUGUUCCUUGGGUAUAUAAGGAUCCUAGACAGAAGAGAAACACAGUCGAAGAGAAACACAUACCUACAACUUCAUUGAAACUUCACCACUUGCUUUUUUCCAUAACAGAAAUGAAUUUCCAUAUGCUCGCCCUGGUGGUGGUGCUCCUGGCGGGUCUGGAGCAGAGCUGGGCUGCCUCCUGUGUGGUGGACAGCUUCACAGUCAAGGAGGACUUUGAUCCCAAGAGAUACGCAGGGAAGUGGUAUGCUCUGCAGAAGAAGGACCCUGAGGGUCUGUUUCUCCAGGACAACAUCUCAGCGGAGUACACCAUCGGUGACGAUGGCUCCAUGGUCGCCUCCUCCAAGGGCCGUGUCACACUGUUCGGAUUCUGGGUUGUGUGCGCUGACAUGGCUGCCCAGUACACUGUGCCUGACUCUGCCAACCCUGGAAAGAUGUUCAUGAACUACCAGGGCCUGGCCAGCUAUCUGUCCAGCGGAGGUGACAACUAUUGGGUGAUUGACACCGACUAUGAAAACUAUGCCAUCACCUAUGCCUGCCGUACCCUGAAGGACGAUGGAAGCUGUGAGGAUGGUUACUCCCUUAUCUUCUCUCGUAACCCCCGUGGCCUGCCCCCAACCAUCCAGAGGAGCAUUCGCGCCAAGCAAGAGGAGAUCUGCAUGGCCGGACAGUUUGAGCCCGUGCUGCAGUCUGGAGCUUGCUAAACGUCUACCACAAAGGAACUUGUGCUGCCAAAGGAUCCCUACUGGCUUGGAGAGAGACACCUACUGACGACAGAGGGAAAUUGCAUGCAAAUGAUUUUUUUAUGAAAAUAAUUCUAUGCUCCCUUAAAUAGAAGGGCAUGAUGCCUGCACCUAACCUAAUCACUUAAAUUGAUUUAGAAAAAUGUAUUGAAUGUGGUGUACUGUACAUCACAGAAUUACCUAAAUCAAUAUUAACACCACAGUGUUGUUUCACUCAUUCACUCUUCAUCAGUUUGUGUUGGCGACAAUAAAACAUUUGAAAGAAA